AAUGGAAGCAGAUUGAUUGCUGGAUCAGAGAAGGGCGUUCUUUACAGCUGGAAUUGGAGUGAACUGACGUGGAAUGGGGCAGACGAAAAAGCAAGAAAAUUAUUGGGACACCCCAAUUCGAUCGACGCCAUUUGUCCGUUGGAUGACGAAACGAUUUGCACGGGCGGGAACGAUGGGUUAUUACGUAUGAUAUCGUUUUUACCAAAGUACCAAUUUGAGGGUAUUUUGGGCGAUCAUGGAGAAGAUUUUCCUAUAGAAUGUAUAAAGAUGGGCCAGUACGAACAACAGCGAUAUUUAGCAAGUUGCGCACACGAUUUGAAAUUGAAGUUUUGGAAUGUACAAUAUCUAUUCGACGAAAAAAAAGAAACAGAUGCGAUAAACGAUGACGAAACGACUGAUAUAAACAAAAACAGGAACCCCACACGCAGUUUUAAUACAUUGAAUAAAUUUGAUCCAAAUGAUAUUCAUUUGGAUGGCGUACUGGAGAAUAAUAAGAAAUGGGCUGCUGCUGUCAUGAAGGAGGACCCUACAUUCUUAAGUAACAUCGCUCACAAGCAAGAACCCAAGAUCUUAUGGAUCGGUUGCUCUGAUUCUCGCGUCCCUGCCAAUAUCGUCUUGUCUUUACCACCGGGUGAGGUGUUUGUUCAUCGUAAUAUCGCCAACGUCGUUAGUCAUUCCGACCUGAAUUGUUUAUCUGUGCUACAAUAUGCCGUAGAGGUAUUGAAGGUGGAGCAUAUUAUCGUUUGUGGUCACUACAACUGUGGUGGUGUUACUGCCGCUCAAGGUCAUGAGCAAUUUGGUUUGAUUGAUAACUGGUUGAGAAAUAUCAAAGAUGUUUACCGACUUCACGAAGAAGAACUUGUAGAUAUUAAAGACGAUACAAAGCGUCUGCGUCGGUUGAUUGAACUCAAUGCUAUUCACUCAGCCGAAAAUGUUUGUCAUUCAACCAUUGUGCAAAAUGCUUGGAAGAGGGGGCAACAGUUAACUGUACAUGCUUGGGCAUUCGAUAUUGAAGAUGGGCAAGUAUCUCUAACUAACAUAACGUUAUACGCUGGGACAUUGCUAACCUGCUUUAUUAUUUCUUAA